AUGGCAAAAGCUAGUGCUUAUUUCCUUCGAAAGAAAUCUAAAGCGGAGCUAGAGAAGGAAUUAGAGGAAUUAAAACAAGAACUUUUGACUUUACGUGUACAAAAGAUAUCAGGAGGAGCUGCAUCAAAAUUAGCAAAAAUUUCAAAUGUCCGCCGAUCUAUUGCUAGAAUUCAUACUAUAAUUAAUUUGACCCAACGACAACAACUUCGAUUGUUUUAUAAAGGAAAAAAAUAUAUUCCUUUAGAUUUACGUUCCAAGAAAACGAAGGCAUCUAGGCUUUCCCUGACACGCCAUGAAAAAAGUUUGAAAACUUUGAAACAACAGAAAAAAUGUAAAUAUUUUCCUCGAAGAGUAUAUGCUUUAGAGGCAUAG